AUGCCUGGACCAUUAUUCGAUGCUUGUGAAAAGAAUAAACCCGACCGAGUAAAAGUUCUCAUUGCCGAAAACUGCGAUGUACUUCAAGUGGAUGAACAAGGACGAUCGGCGUUACACUAUUGUAGCGAAAACAAAGAUACGAGUUGUGCUCGUCUUUUACUGGAAAAUGAUGAAAUCAAAAGUCGAAUGCUCGAUUUACAAGAUCAUGAAGGCUGUUCCGCACUUCAUCUAGCAUGCAUGAAUGGCAACGGAAGCAUGGUGGAGUUUUUAUGUGAACGAGGUGCAAAUGUGAAACUUGUUGAUAAUGAAUCUCAUUCGUUAAUCCAUUGGGUUACAGUUUGUGGACAUCUUCAUUUGUUUGACAUUCUUCUGGAAUACAAAGCACCGAUUCAUACUGCGGAUGUUCAUCAGGCUUUUCCUAUUCACUACGCGUCUCAACUGUGCGGUAAACCGGUUUAUGACGAUUUGAAGAUCGACUCAGCAAAGGCUCUGGAAAUUUUACAAAUAUUUAUUGAUCGAAAGGUGGACAUCGAUUGUACGGACGGACAGAAUCGCACUCCGUUGAUGUGGGCUGCUAGUGCAGACGCUUGCGAUGCUUUACGUCUGCUUUAUAAAUACGGUGCCAACCAAUUGCAUGUCGAUAAAGAUUCUCUAACUGCAUUGCAUUGUGCAGCAACGCGUGGUCAUACAUCGUGUAUUCGAAUGUUAGUCGAACAAUGCGGCUGUCCGUUAGAAGGAGAAGAUGUCAAUGGUUGUACUGCGUUAUUCUAUGCAAUCACAUUGGAUCAUCCGAAAGCCUGUAAAUUGCUACUUGAUUUGAAAGCUAACUCCGAUCAUCAGGAUAAUCGUGGACGAACACCUAGCCAUUGUGCAAUAUCAAAAGGAAAUCUUGUUUGUUUGAAACACCUACUCGAAGCUCAUGCGAAUAUAUGGACGAAAAAUAAACGUGGUGAUUAUCCAAUACACGAAGCUAUCAAUUUACUUGCAACGAACAAAACUCGCAAAGCAACUGAUGAAUCAACAAAAAUUUACGAGAUUAUUCGAUAUGUCUUCAAACUGUACCCAUAUAAAAUCGCUAUUCAAAACGAUGAACGUCGAACACCACUUCACCUAGCAGCUAGUCUUGGUGACAUUGACACCUGCGAAGUUUUGAUUCAAUGCGGCGCAAAUAGUAAUGCGUUCAUACGAACAAACGCGGGAAAUUAUCUAACUCCGUAUGAUCUCGCUCGGGUACGCGGUCAUCAAGCCUGCGCGGACUAUUUGGUCAAUAAACAUGCAGGACAGCGUGGCAAUUUACUCGCCAGUAUCUACGCUCGUCGUAUACAAAAAUGUUACCGGCAAUAUGAACUGCAAAAGAAACUUUCAGUUCCGAAUCAAGAGAGUUCACCUCCGAAGAUAACUAAUGGAUCAUCUGAAGAGAUCAUGAAGACAAAAAUGCUGCCGACGAAAUUACCCAAAUCGAAGAAUACUUUGCUUAAGCAAGCGAAACUCUGCUUAGAUAACAAGCAAUUAGAUGACCGAUUCAAAACUCAUUCGCUGAAUAUACAACCGCUCAGAAAAAGCAGCGUGUUACUUGAGGAUAACAAUGCCGAAGAACGACGUCGUGUUUUUGCCAAAUCAAAAACAACCGUUUCAUCGAUGAAUCAGAGCAACGAAGCGAGGUCGGCUGAGUUCAUUUUGAAAUGUUUCAUAAAUCGAAUGUUCCUAUCUGAUAGAUCGGACUCGGCAAAUAAAGUUAUCAUUCACGCGUCAAAUUCCAUUGCAACAUCGAAUAGAUUGUACGACCGACGAAAACUAAUCGCAGAAGAAUUGCAUAAGUUGAAACAAGCACGUUUAAACAAUCAAUAUAUUGUCAUUAGUCGACCACUGUAUCAAAUGUUAAUUGAAAAUGCCUUCAAUCCUCAAAAUCGCCGCGCCGAUGAAAUCGAACGAUAUCUUGAGACACUACUUAAAGCGUACGAUGUCGAAUUAGAAGCGAUUCGAAAACGAACGAAAAGUGUGCCACCGAAACUAACUCGUCGCCCUUCUCAACUGUCAUAA